AUGAAGUUCCCAGCAUUACUCAGCUUUUGGAUAAGUGUAUGUGGUCUUUCUGCCUACGCCGCGCCUGUUGAGCAAGCUGUAUCGCUUCGAAAUGGCAAUGGCUGUAGCGUCUCCCCAACUCUCUUCCUGGACCUUGAAGAGGCUGCUCGAUUGGCGGACAUAACCUAUUGUGUCGGUACUGCCGGCUUGGGGGUGGGCAAACCAUUUCAAUGCCUCUCACGGUGCUCCGACUUCCCUGCGUUCGAAUUGCUGACCACAUGGAACACCGGACCUUGGCUGGACGACAGCUGUGGCUACAUCGCUCUCGAUCAUGCUAAAGGACGAAUCAUUGUGGCGAUCAGAGGCACCUACAGCAUCUCUAGCGCUCUGGUAGACUUGGCUACGAUACCGCAGGAGUACACACCAUAUCCUGGCGGCAGUCCUAACGAACCCGUCUGUCACAACUGUUCUGUGCACUCUGGUUUCCAGCGAUCAUGGAAGAACACUCGAGAUAUUGUACUGAAGACGGUGGAGGAGCAAAGUGCACUGCAUCCUCACUACGACCUGCAUGUCAUUGGGCACAGCCUGGGUGGUGUUGUAGCCGGCUUCGCAGGUCUGGAUAUGCUAGCACACGGUUGGAAUCCCACAGUGACAACAUUCGGCGAACCUCGAGGUGGCAACCAGGAAUUCGUGCAGUGGUUCAACAAACGAUAUGAUCUGCUCAAUACGACCCAAGACCGGGACGAAAUGAAGUACCGCCGUGUCACGCACGUAGAUGACCCAGUGCCUCAGGUCCCGCCUACAGAAUUCGGUUUCCUCAUGCAUGCUGGCGAGAUCUUCAUUAGCAAAGAAGCAUUAUCACCCGACAUUGUGGAUCUCGAGCAUUGUAUUGGUAGCGCAGACAAGAAUUGCAUUGCUGGGCAAGACACGACUGUCAAGGAUGAUUUACUUGACGAUAUGAUCUCGGACGGAUCCGAAACGACGACGGGCUCGCCUUUCCAGAUUCCAGCGAGGUGGAAGCUCUGGCAGAUGUUGUUUGCGCAUCGGGACUACUUCUGGCGGUUGGGGAUGUGUGUACCACCGGCAGGCAGUGUCAAUGAUGAUCCUACGAAAUAUGACCUAUGA